GAUGCUGGUAAUGUAAAGCCAUUGGAUGGUGUGAAAAUUCUUGAUUUAACAAGGGUGCUUGCAGGGCCAUUUGCCACAAUGAAUUUAGGAGAUCUGGGGGCUGAAGUUAUCAAAGUGGAAAGACCAGGAGCUGGUGAUGACACAAGAGCCUGGGGCCCACCUUUUGCCGGAACAGAAAGUAUUUAUUUUCUCAGUGUCAAUAGAAAUAAACAGAGUAUAGCUAUCAACAUGAAGGAUUCAAAAGGAGCAAAGCUAAUCAGAGAGCUUGCAGCAGUGUCUGAUGUUUUUGUGGAAAACUAUGUCCCUGGGAAACUGGCUGAAAUGGGUCUAGGUUAUGAAGACAUUAAAAAGACUGCUCCUCAUAUAGUGUACUGUUCAAUAACAGGUUAUGGCCAGACUGGUCCAAUGGUUCAGAGAGGUGGAUAUGACUCCAUUGCAGCUGCUGUUUCUGGUCUCAUGCAUAUCACAGGACAUGAAGAUGGUGAGCCAGUUAGACCAGGAGUAGCCAUGACAGAUCUUGCUACUGGGUUGUAUACAUAUGGAGCAAUUAUGGCUGGCUUACUUCAGAGAUAUAAGACUGGGAAAGGACUGCACAUUGACUGUAAUCUUUUGUCAUCUCAGGUUGCAUGUCUCACUCAUGUAGCAGCUGAUUUCCUUAAUUGCAAAAUUGAAGCAAAACGCUGGGGAACUGCUCAUGGAAGUAUUGUCCCGUAUCAG